AUGACUGACGCUAUCUCAAAGCCUGUUCCAACAGUUCAAAAGAAUUCAAAGUUCUCAUCAUUCGGAAAGUUCAACACAAACAUCAAAUGCUCCUUUGACAAGAAACAUUUCAAAAAAAUGGUGAAAAUCGAUCUCAACAAAUGUGUAGACGUCAAUUGUCUUUGUAAGGACAACAACUGUGUGAAUGUCGGCACAAGACAGGAAUGUCCGGCAGAUUGUCGCCCUGGCUGUCAAAACCAAAAGAUCCGUAAAAACGAGCAUGCUCACAUCGAAGUGAAAACUACGGUGGAUAGAGGAAAUGGACUUUAUGCAAAGGAGUUUAUCGAACAAGGAAAGCUUGUUACGGUGUACUGCGGACCGGUCAUCCCAAAAAAGAAGAUGAGCGACAGCCGUGUCGUUGUGGAGCAACUCUCUGCUCCGGCUGGAUUGGAGAAAAGCCGCAGAUCCAACCAUCAGAAGACGGAACACUGCACCGAAACUUCCAAAGCUGGAGACGAAGGCAAAGCGUGUGUUGACCACAGAACAAGAAAAACUAGUAGACGAUUUUCGUAA